ACACUCCUCUUCCUCCUCUUCCGACCCUCUCCAUCCGUCCUCCCCGGCAGACGGAGCAGACCUCCGGGAAGGCAGCGUGGAUUUUAACCCUCCUUGCAUCUGUGUGAAUGGGAAUCAGCCGCACCGGCAGGAGUGAUGGAGACUCUGCCUUCAUAGUUACUGGAACUUAUUUCUCAUCCCGAAAAGAAGGAAACUAACCGCGUGCGUGUCAAUUUGGGAUUUUUCUUUUCUUUUUUUUCUUUUUGGGAUCCAAGCCCGAUCGGGGAGGGUUAUUUUGGGGAGAGGAGAGGUUGUUUUACCCCCUCUCUCUCCUCCUCAUCAUCCUCCUGACUCACCAUCCCGUGGGCUUUUUUUCUUAUUAUUUUGAGUCUUAAUUGACAGUUGGAUUCUGAGGAGGAUUUUCCCAAAAGAAAAAAUCAAACAGCAUCAGGGUUUGCGGGUGUCUGUUCCUGUGGUUCCUCGGGCUCAUCGGGACUGGAGCAGGGCAGCAUGGAGCUGGUUUUGGUUGGAUGUAUUGGUGAUGUUUGGGAGGUGCUGGUGCGGAGGAGGAGGAGGACAGGAAGAUUCUACCUGCUGCUGCUCUGCUGGCUGCUGGCUGCUCUCACCACAGCGCACGCCUCAGAUGCCUCCUCAACUUCCUCCUCCUCCUCAUCACCUAGUCUCGGAGGUUUUGUGGACUUCACUUUCACUCUGGAGCCUCAGGACACGGUUACGGUCCGAGGUGGCGUAUUGCAGCUCGACUGCCAGGCGCAGUCUGAUGCAGUGGUGGGACCUCCCACCAUCAUAUGGCGUAAGGAUGAUGUGCUGCUGAGCACGGUGGUGGACGAGCGGCGGCAGCAGCUGGCUAAUGGCUCGCUGCUGGUGCAGAAUGUUGUGCACUCGCGGCACCAUCGACCUGAUGAGGGUGAAUACCAGUGCCUCGCUACACUGGACGGACUGGGGAGUAUUGUUAGCCGGACUGCCAGGGUCACUGUGGCGGGUCCACUGAAGGUGGUCGUCCCCACCGAGUCCGUCUCCUCAUACCUCGGCGAUACCGCCCUGUUGCGCUGUGAGGUCUCGGGUGACCCGACGCCUGUCAUCCGCUGGCAAAAGAACCGGGAGGACCUGCCGCUGAUGUUUGACCCCGAUUCACGCCUAGCGGUACUGCCAUCCGGCUCGCUGCAGGUCAGUCGCGUCCAGCCGCCAGACUCAGCCACGUACCGCUGUCUGGCUGACAACCCCGGCAGCACCAGGACAGGGACGGAUGCCGAGCUCCGAGUGCUCCCAGAGCCUGGGGUGAGCAGGAACCUGCAGUUCCUCCAGCGUCCAUCCAGAGCAUCGGUUCUGCUGGGAACUGACGCCGUGCUGGAAUGUGCCGCUUCGGGAUACCCAACACCGAGCAUCCAGUGGAGAAGAGGAGAGGAACUUAUCCAGAGCUGGAAUAAGAAGUACUCUCUGCUGGUGGGCAGUAAUCUGAUCAUCAGGAGUGUCACUGACGAUGACUCUGGCAGUUACAGCUGUACAGCCUCCAACAAGAACCAUAACAUCACUGCACACACAGAGCUGAGUGUACUGGUGCCUCCUCAGUUCCUGAACUACCCGACCAACACGUACGCCUACGAGUCCACAGACAUUGAGCUGGAGUGUGCUGUGACAGGAAACCCACCGCCAACUGUCCGCUGGAUGAAGAACGGGGAGGAAGUCAUCCCCAGCGACUACUUCCAGAUAGUGGACGGCAGUAACCUGCAGAUUUUGGGUUUGGUGAAGUCGGAUGAAGGAUUUUAUCAGUGUGUAGCUGAAAACUCAGCUGGCAGCUCGCAGGCGAUGGCUCAGCUGCUGCUCCGAGAGCCAGUGUCCCCCAGCCCAGGCGUUGCCCUCCCCUCUGCCCCCCGCGACCUGGUCCCUGUCCUAGUGUCCAGCCGUUUUGUCCGACUCAGCUGGCGCCCCCCAGAGGAGACUGGAGGAGCCGUGCAGACCUAUGGUAUUUAUUAUUCCCAGGACGGAGUCGAGAGGGAGCGGUCAGUGAACGUGUCGGAGCCAGAGUCUCUGGAGUUGACUGUGUCCAAUCUGAAACCAGAGGAGAGCUACAGCUUCAGAGUCAUUGCUUACAACGACGUGGGCCCAGGAGAGAGCUCCGCCCCCUUGAGGAUCACCACCAAGCCUGACCUCCAGGUUCCCAGCAGGGUGGAGUCUCUCCAAGCUGAGGCUCUGUCUCCCACCUCCGUCCAGGUGAGCUGGGAGCCUCCCAGCCAACCAAACGGCCCCAUCCUGGGCUACAGACUGCUGUGGACCGAGAGCCCGUCGGGCAAGGAACAGAGUGUGGAGGUGAGCGGACUCAACUACAAGAUGGAGGGACUCAAUAAAUUCACAGAGUACACAGUUCGAGUUUUGGCGAUCAACCGCUACGGACCAGGCACUGCGCCAGAAACCAUCAGCGUCACCACCCAAUCAGACGUACCCAGCGCUCCUCCCCAAAACAUCACCUUAGAGGUCGUCCUAUCCAGGAGCAUCAAGGUGUCAUGGCAGCCACCUCCGCGCAGCACCCAGAAUGGCCUCAUCUCUGCCUACAAGAUCAAAUACAGGAAGACCGGUCGCCGGGGAGACCAAGAGGCAAUCGAACCCAACAACUUCUGGUACCUGUUCACAGGUCUAGAGAAGGGCAGUCAGUACAGUUUCCAGGUAGCAGCUAUGACGGCCAAUGGAACAGGUCCGGCCAGCGACUGGUACACCGCUGAGACGCCAGAGAAUGACUUGGAUGAGAGUCAGGUGCCCGACCAGCCCAGCUCUCUGCAUGUCAGGCCACUGCCCAACAGCAUCAUCAUGUCCUGGACUCCACCGCUCAGCCCAAACAUCCUAGUUCGAGGCUACAUCAUCGGCUACGGAGUGGGGAGUCCCUAUGCCGAGACGGUCCGAGUGGACAGCAAGCAGAGAUACUACUCCAUUGAAAACCUUGAGCCGAGCUCGCACUACGUGAUUUCCCUGAAGGCGUUCAAUAACGCAGGAGAGGGAGUCCCUCUGUAUGAGAGCGCUGUCACUCGAUCUCUGACAGACCCCAUUGACCCAUCUGAGGAUGACCUCUUCCACCUCUUUGAUAAAUACCCCACUCCCAUGCCAGACACCAGCACUCCCAUGAUCCCCCCGGUAGGGGUCCAAGCCGUGGCUCUGUCCUCGGACUCAGUCCGCGUCUCCUGGGCCGACAACUCCAUGACCAAGAACCAGAAGGCGUCUGAGGUCCGGUACUACUCCGUCAAAUGGAAGACCAGCUACUCCACCAGUGGCAAGUACAAGUCUGCAGACACCACAGCGCUCAGCCACACUGUCACCGGCCUCAAACCAAACACCAUGUAUGAGUUUGCUGUCAUGGUAACCAAAGGUCGCAAGUCCAGCACCUGGAGUAUGACGGCACACGCCACAACAUAUGAAGCAGCUCCUAGCUCCGCUCCUAAAGAUUUGACAGUUAUCAGUCGUGAGGGACGACCCCGCGCCAUCUUAAUCAGUUGGCAACCACCAAUGGAGGCUAACGGACGAAUCACAGGUUACAUCCUGUACUAUACGCUGGAUAAGAACAUGCCAAUAGAUGAUUGGGUGAUGGAGGCGAUUACAGGUGACCGGCUGACCCAUCAGGUUGUGGAUCUGAACCUCGACACGGUUUAUUACUUCAGGAUCCAGGCCAAGAACGCCAAAGGGGUCGGCCCGCUGUCUGAGCCCGUCCACUUCAGGACUGCCAAAGUGGAACAUCCAGACAAGAUGGCCAAUGAUCAAGGUCGAGGAGGAGACCAUGCCUACUGGCCGUCUGACACCAAUCUAAUUGACAGGAGCAGCAUUAACGAGUCUCCCAUUGGUCAGAUGCGUCCACCUCAUGGCAGCGCCACGCCUCAAAAGAAUAGUAACCUCCUGGUCAUCAUCGUGGUUUCGGUGGGAGCUGUCACCGUGGUCGUGGUCGUCAUUGUGGCGCUCAUUUGCACCCGGCGCUCCUCCGCCCAGCAGAGGAAGAAGAGAGCUAGCCACAGCGCCAGUAAGAGGAAGGGCAGCCAGAAGGAUUUGCGACCUCCUGACCUUUGGAUCCAUCACGAGGAGAUGGAGAUGAAGAACAUGGAGAAAGCUCCCAGCGUCGCUCCAUCUGGACACGAUUCGCCCAUCCAGUCCUGCCAGGACCUUCCCCAGGUUGCACACAGCCAAUCAGAGAGCCAGAUGGGCAGCAAGAGCAGCCACUCAGGGGCUGACGGUGACGAGGCGUCCAGCAGUAUCUCCACUCUGGAACGUUCAAUGGCUGCCAGGAGGGGGACACGAGGCAAAAUGAUGAUUCCUAUGGACUCACAGCCGAGCAACACACCGGUGGUUAGUGCCAUCCCGGUGCCAGCUCUCGACUCUUCUCAGUAUCCUGGUAUCCUGCCUUCACCUUCCUGCGGCUUCACUCACAACAAGUUCAGCCUGAGGCCGAUGCCUUUCCCAAGUCUGACAGUGGACAGAGGAUACACACCAGCGAUGCCUUCAGAUGCCUCCACCAACCCUCUCCUCCAGCAGCAGCCUCCGCCCCAGCAGGCCCCUCCGCUCCUUCCCGGUUCCUCUGCCCCACCUGGGGAGCAUGUUCCCGGUGUUGGCCCGAUCCCAGGAGCCCCUGCUGCUGCCGCCGCUGAGGAGGCCCAGGCUGGGAGUGGGCGGACCAUCCCGACAGCGUGCGUGCGGCCCACCCACCCUCUACGAAGCUUCACCAACCCACUGCUGCCACCGCCUAUGGGGACCAUCGACCCCAAAGUGUACACCUCCAUGAUGCCGCAGUCCAGUGCAAGCCUUCCGAAGCCCCAGGUAAAGACGGCCUCUCUGGGUCAGGCUGGUAAGGCUCGAUCCCCUCUGCUGCCUGUCUCAGUCCCUACAGCGCCAGACUUACCAGAAGAGGGAGGAACAAAACCCACAGAGGAUUCAGCUGCCAGUGUUUACGAGCAAGAUGACCUUUCGGAGCAGAUGGCAAGUCUAGAAGGGCUGAUGAAGCAGCUCAACGCCAUUACUGGUUCCGCCUUCUAACCUCUGAUACCAUCCCAGCCCAUCCCUCGGCCAUGAUCUAGUGUGGAACCCUUCUUCAAGCCUCGACGUCACCUGCUGUCCGUAUGAUAAGGGCGGCAACAGGUCAAUCUGGGUUUGAAGACGCCUCUGUGGAAUCAGACCUCCAUCUGUGCUGGGUUGAGUUUGUUUGGUUUCUACUGGUCUCGGCCAGUGUCUACUGUUUGGGACCGGGUUAGGAUAGAGGGGAAUCAAACAGAGGACAAACACUACAGCAGCACAGCAUCAACUCCAAGAACAGGACAAGAGUGGAGGGGCUUCUUUAGGAGUUCAAACUGAAACCCCUUUUAGACUCUUCAACCUCAAACACAAAACUAGAAAAACCCAAUGCCUAGCGCCUCGGCUUAAUGACACAGGAUGAUGGGAUUAUCACAAAAAAAGAAGACAAAGUUAUAAGAUCCCUCCUGUUUCUCUUCUUUGUGGUAUUUAUUAGCGUCCUCUUCCGCUGAGUUAUACACAACUCAGUUACUGUGACUGUACCUCACUUAUUUUUCAUGAUCACCGUUGGAAGUAUUCCUUUUGUCUUUUGUUUUCUGUUUGGGUAUUCCAACUUUGUGCAUUUACAGGAUGUGUAUAUGGUUUAAAAAUGCCACCAGAACCUACAGUGACAAAUAGAAACACAUCCUCAGCCACCAAAGUUUCACCAAAACAUAAUUUUUCUUGCCUGAAUCCAAGGUUGCCUGUUGUGGUGACGCAAGGUGAUCAUCUCUGGCAUUUCUUGCCUAUUUUUCCACAAUUUCUCUCUUUUUGUUCCUCCCUUGAAAACCUUGUGAUUUCACUGAACCAAUCAUCUCCCAUAACCCAUGCAGCCCUUCCACCUCUGGAUUCUGAGGUUUAAAAAGGGGAUUAAAAAUGUGAUUUUGGCCAGAAAGAAACAAGUGUGAGAACCUACCAGAUCAGUCUGAAACGCCUGGAUCAGAUCCAGCUUACUCUGCUCCUACAGGACUGUAUAGAAAUCUCUAUAGACUCCCACAGUCUGUUGCUGCUCUUGACCAAGCCUUUACUCUCCCUAUCCCAGACAAACUUCAAUCUUUACCGACAAAGACUUGUGUCGUUGCCAAAUUCUCAUCUUGGGAAACUUAUUGUAACCUUCUUUGUUUUUGCUCCUUGUUCAAGUUUAUCUCAAUCCCAACCACGGACUGGACAUCAAUGAAAAGCAGUAAGAUGAUCCAUGUGGAACACAUGUUCUAAGAAAUCUGGAUUUGGAUUGUUAGGACCUAUCACAUCCUGGACAAAUGAAGGUUGGCCUUGGAUGGUAUGUGGGGAUUGGUCCUUUUGAGAAAGGUGUUCAAAUUCAGUCUUAACACCUCAUUCACAAUUCGUCAUGUUGCAGUGUAUGUAUGUAACAUUCAGUGCAUUCCCCUGCUGGUUAAAGUACUAAAGAGCAAUCAGAGUCUGUGAAAUGGAGAAAAGUUAAGACUGUAUUCUCGCAAUCCAAUCAACAGGAAAAAAACGUUGGAAUUUCUGCAAACCACUGAUACAUUACAUUUGUACAUUCUUUGUAGCGGAUACAUUAAAACUUUAAAUUCCUCAACAGCGCUGUGGUGAAUGUGGUGUUAGGUUUAGGCAUAAAAAUACUUUGUUAUGGUUAGGAAAAUAUCACAUUUCGGCUUAAAACACCCAUGUUUGGUAGCUCAAAUACCACUGGGAAACGCUGAAAUGUGUCGGUAAAAAACCUCCACAUUCCCUGACUCAAACACCGCAAUGUGUUAGUGAAAAUCUCCACGUUCAGUGGCUCAAUUGCCACUGGGAAACACAAUGAUGUUUCGGUAAAAAACAACCAGGUUUGGUGCCAUUACACACCGGUGGGAAUGCCACAAAGGGUUGCCAAAAAUAAAAACUGGUUUUGUUGGCCUCAGUCAUCUGCAGUGGUCUAGUUGUCAUGCCAUCCACUAUCUCCCCCUUUUUCUCCAGAUGAUAAAGUCAGCUCAUAUACUGGGUCACUUUGAAUACGUUGAUAUGCUACAUAUGAAACAUACAAAUAUAUCUGUGGUUUGCAAAAAUCUACAACGCCAACAUUUUCAUGUGAUGACUGGGCUAGUUGUUGACUUUUGGGAUACCUGUUCAUGUGUUCACAAAAGACAUUUAAGAGGCACAGUCACUGAAGCAAGGUAAUCGUAAAACAUUAUAAGAAGCAAAACAAUAUGUUGUUAUGCGAAAGAGAUAAUGAAGUCAUAACCACAAGAUAGCAGCUAUCUUAUAAAUAACUAAACUGCAGUCACUAGAUCAAGAUCUCAAUUAUAAAAUCACAAAAAUAUCAUCUUGUUGUAAACAAUGAGUUUGACAUUUGGCAUGACUGUGAUGAAAUAAUUAAUUGUGAAGGAGGUGUAAAAGCAAUGGGAUCAAAGAUCAAGUUAUUAUUAGUGGAAUUAUUGUUGUUAUUAUUAUUAUAAUUGAGAUUAGAGAUGGUAGUGGGCAGCCGAUGAUGAUAAUAAUGAGAGUGAUCUCUACCAUUGUUUAUUUUUUCAAUUUUGUGCAGUUUGUGUGUUUGACUGCAGGUGAGUGUGUUGUGUUUCUAGCCUGCUUUUUGAUGAAUCCAUAUUUAUUUUUCAUGAGAUAAACACACAUGUACCUCUGUCGAACUUGAUCGCCCACGUGGGAAAAUUGCGAAACCGCCAGCUUCACUUUGAGUUUACUUCAGGGCGUUCGGUUUUUAUACAAAAAAUACGAAGAAAAAGUAACAAAAACAAACACACAAAUGAUGCAUAUUCCACAAAGUAUAUUUUUACAUUCGCUGUCCUGUCAGAACUGUGCUUUUUCAAGUCAGGUUUUUUUAAACACAUUUCCACAGAGAGCUACUUUUAAAGUCAUGAGCCACCAUGAUUCCACCAUAACACGAUUGAUAACCUACAGCCUUUGAUCGCAUCAAAAGGAGUUACAUUUUAUUCAGGAUUCAGUUAUUAACUGGUAUGGAGAGACUCGUUUAUGCCAUUUUUAGUUUUACAUACUUUAAAGAGAGGAAUGAGGAAAAUAUUUGCAAUGAGGGGAUUAAACCUGCAUUGUUGUGGUUUCAAGAUGACCUCUGAGGUCAGUCAGGAUGACAGAACAGGGAGCACUUGCCUUUCGGUUCUUUAAAACAACUAGAUUUGUAUUGACAGCAGGAAAGAAAAAUCAGAUUUGGAGAAUUAGCACGAGAAUUAUUGGGUAGAGAUAUUUUUUGGGAGUGAAAUGGAGAAAGGCAGCAGCUUAAAAUGACAAAUGAUUCCUUAAUCAGCUGAGGGGAAAAGAACAGGCCAUCAGUAUGCUCCAUAUUUGACUGUGUCACCCCAGUCACCAUAUUGUAAUUUUCAGACCUUUAUCUUUCUGUGAUAAAAGGAAAAAGCCUGAGGGAGACAGAGGGAGCGGAGGCAGAGAAGGUGAAUUGAUAUUCAGAGGUGGUUUGUAUGUGCGAGCGAGGGCACGGAGGAAUGAGGCCGGGAAUUCAUUAUAACGCCGUUUCAAAUAUUAUGAUUCAAGCUCACGCUCGCUGGGCUGUUACGGCUGCGGGGAAAAGUCCCGCGGAUGGAGGGGAUGCAAAGGUAACGUCUCUACAGAACGAGCGAGGGGAUGAAAGGUGAAGGAACGCGGGCAAGCGGGCGGUGUGGGGAUCAAACUCAUCAGCGUGUUCUGGAAGAUACAUCCAGUCCGAGCCGAGUGCUUUCAUACCUCUCCAAUCCACACUUUUCCCCUUUUUGAAAGCAGAGCAGAGCUGCAGACAAGAUGGAAUGAUCCAACGCUGCCAGGCGAGACUGAAAUUAGAUUUAAAGAAAGAAAAUCUGAUUUUAACAUUAAAUUCUAAAUUAAAUGGCCUGUUGACACAAGAGAUUUCUUCUUUUCAGUGUCGAAAGGGGAAAGAAAGAUGAAAGUAGAGAAAAUAAUCAUCAGAAAUAAAUAGUCAUACUGGUACACAUUUUAGCCCAUUAGAAUUAUAUUGAAUAUUUAAUUUUCCAAAUCAUCCAUCAGCUCUUAAAUUGAUUCCUCCCGGCGGCCAUUCUUUUAUUUCAUUUAUAUGAAAAUAAACUUGCAGAGACUUCACACCUGGCCUGGCUCCAGAAAUUUGAAACACCACACACAUCUCUGAAGAAGCAAUUCAAAAAGGUCUGGUGGGGUACUCAAUGAAGCAAAUCAGAGCUUUUUAGGGGGGAAGAACUGGAACUUAAGUUUUGACCAACAUGGAUAAGAUAAACGAUCAACUAACAGGAACACAAAAAAUAUAACUCGACAUAAACUUUUAGAUAACUGCUCUCAGCGGUCAGUAACUACUGGUUAAUGGCCAACAUGAAUGUCAAACUGAAUGACAAAGUGCAAUGACUUUGGUUUCACACAGGACAUUAACUGCGCUCUCCUAGCUCAAAGUGUCUUUGUUCAACAUAUCCUCAUGGAGCGCUUUGUAUGAUAUCCGACAAAAAUGCACACACAACAGUAGAUAUGACAUUCUACAAAUUGGCGCCCCAUGAAUGACAUUACGCUCCUAACGUAAAGUUAUGUAUUUAACGUAAAGUUACAGAGGUUGGGUUUAGGGAAACAAAGUUUUUGUGGUUAGGUUAAGGAAAAGACAUAUGUUGAAGAUGUACUUUCAAAUUACUCUAAGUUCACCCGGUUCCGAACACUGCGUCACUCUGCAGUUACACCUACAAAACACUGGUCACCGGUGGGGCUUCUGUGAAGUGCUGUAAAGUUUAGUUCUUUCAAAACACACCCAGUUGUUAAACAGUUGUUAAACAUGAGUUAAUUUCAAUUACAAGUACACAAAUCAGCUUCACUUUAACUCACAGCAUUCACAGACAAAACACCUGUGUUUUGCUGGACACAUUUUCCCCACAAAUACAACAUGCUAAUGUUAUUAGCACAAGCCUAUGGCAUUUUACAUUGUAUAAAUUAGCCUAGCGUCUAGCGGAGGAUUCCUCUACUCAUAUGAAGUCAGGAUAAAUCACACACAAGACUUAAAAUGCUAAAAGCUUCAUUUCCACAGACGGAAAUGGUUUUCAGCUUACAAAAAUAAACAGGAGGUCUGUGUCACUGCUCAGUUCAAGGAUGCUUUGACAUCUUAGAGUCUUCUGCAUAACUAAUAUUGCAGGAAAUGGCCAAAGUAUCAUUACUGUCAUGGCAUCCAGGCUUGCUUCUUUUAGGAUUCCAGCAAAAGAGUUGAUCAGCAGUUUGAUUUCAAAUCUCAAAAGCACUAGCAAAGGUUUUUUUCCACAGUUCUAUACAGUCCACUCUGUUGCUUGUAACUGAGCUGAGUGCUAUGGAGUUUGGAAAGGUUCUGUUAGAUUACAGUGAAUCUGUGUGUCAAUAUGUCUGAUAACAGAGUGACUCUUUAUCUGCAUUGGACUGAAAGUGUGCAUGUUGAGGUCACUCAAGUUUCAAGUCUUUGCAAGCUGAUUCUCAUAGAAGUGAACUGAAACGAAUGGUUGGAAGGCGGGAAAUUAAUUUUCAAACUGAUGGGAGAUUUAGAAAAUGAUCAGCAAUAUGGAAAGUUCAAAAGUCUUAUUUAGUGAAGUCACUAAAUUAGAUGCCAGUUCCCCGCAGUUGUCAAAAUUACUUUUAAGGAUUCUGAUCACCUAGAUGGAGAUUUUAACUGACUGUUCACCUUAAUUCUGCCAGUCAUCCAAGCGUCUGGUUAAAAUACAUAUGGUCUUUCUGUUCUGGACUUGUCAUGAACACCAGCUAACAGUCUCUGGAUACCACAAUGUGUCCAACAUUUUAUUUAUCAGGAUUCAUUUUCCCUUACAAGUUUUGUUGCCGUCGAGAUAAAUGAGACAUCCUACGUGCCUUUACUUUUCACCGAAGCGUCCAUUUCCUCUCUCUGUAUUUAGUCACUUCAUUUGAAGUCUUUGUGAAAUGUUCAAAUGUGCUCUGUGUUGUGUUAAUUUGUUCUUCCGGCACAGCCGACACAUGGGGAACAGAUGAGACAUAUGCUCCGCUGAGGGUUUUUCCCAAAAGCACUGUGUCCCUUUUAAACAGAGAGAACUAAGAGAAGACUGGUUCUUUUACUUCAGUGGCACAGAGGCAGCGUUUCAGCAGCUGUCAGGAAACAGACAUAUCAGACACGCUAAAUGCAGCGAUGGCAAGGAUCGUCCCGUACCUGAAACAUUACAGAUCCACAAAAUGGCCAACGUUUCCAUCAAAAUAUCUUUGAACGAGAUGCAAAAUUUGCAACCAGCUCUCUCAGAAAAUCGCACUGUGAAAAACAUCCAUCCUCAUAAGUCAUUUAGUCUCAGAUUCAACCUCUUGGAUGUAUAUUUCAUCAGAUGACAGUGCGUCAGUUAAGUGAAGUGUUUCACUUAUUCUCAGUUUGCUUGGCUUGUUUCAGGAUUUUUGUAGAAAUUUGUGUGCAGAGCUUCAAAUAAGGUAGAUCGGCGGACUACAAAUAAAGUGAAAUAAGACUUGUUGCAGUGGCAGGAAAAAGAUUUUGGCUAAUUAACCAAAAAAAUGACAGUAAACCAAUCUUGCACAGGUGAUGCAACCCACUCGCCAGAAAAAAUGUUGCAGUGUGCCAUUGUGCAUUUCUGAAAACCAUGGAUACGUUACAUUUGACUUUAUUAUCUAGUACAUUUAAGGAAACUUUUGUUAUAUUUCAGCAACUAUGUGGUUAGGUUUAGGCAAACAACACAUUUUGGUUUAACACACCCAGUUUUGGAGGCACAAUCCCUGCUGGAGAAGCCAUCAGUGUCUUGGUAAAAUCAACCGCUUUUCUUGGCGCCAUCCCCAAUAGAAACAAAGGCAGCGAUGACUCUCUAAAGAACAACCAGUUUUGUUGUUUGUUGGUUUUUGGUGGUCUAACAGUGGUGCACGUUGGCAGGCGUCUCACCUAGGUGCCUCGUAGUUUGCAGAAAUGUACAAUGCCAACAUUUCCGUCUGGCGACUGGGCUGAGUGAUGACUAGGACCUGAGGCAUGUUUUGUUUGCUCAGUAAAAGCCAGCAGAAACAUAACAGCAGGAAUAUGGAUAUUUGUUCUAGCUCUCCUUCUGCUGAUUUCAACACGUAUUUGUUGUUCACAAUGUAGCAUUAUCAGGGAAACAAUAGGGUGCGCCCUCUCACACAUUGAUAGUGAGUUUACUGCAUCCUUUCUUCCCAAAGGGGAAAGUCUCUGUACAUCCAAAAUCCAAAUUUUCUGUUGCUCCUGAUACAACGGGACACUGUUAGCUUUGAGCCCUGCUUUUUAGCUUGCACAAAAUUGAUGUGACACAACAGAAAAACAUCGGCCACUGCCAUUGGUUGUUCUUGUCUGUGUUGACAUGCAGGAGGUUGUAUCUGUGCCACUGAUCAGAUUUCGUAGCAGAUCUUACAGGGAACGCUGUUUUUGAUUAUGAUAUUUCUGUGCCAGACAGUGGCAGGGAAGUAACAUCCAUGUUCGUCCUCUAUGUUCCUAUUUAAAUCACUGAACACAAGUCAAUCCCCCAGCAACAAAGACCAGCCCACAGCAGAGGGACAGUUGAUCACUACAUGUCAGACUCAUUUAGACUCAAGUGUUUUUGCAUAUUUAGUCUAUUCAUCAAAUUUGACCUAAAACUUAGGUUACUGCAAACCAUUUUCAAAGUCAUAUCAGAGUUUUAGUUUUUCUUUCCAUGCAGCCACUAAUUUCCACUCAUUCCUAAUGUGGAAAUCAACUUCUAGAGACUUUGCAGUAGAGCUGAAGAGAUAAGUCAAAUAAUUUAUCAACAGAAAAUUCAUCAGCCACUAUUGUGGUGAUUGAUUAAUUGAGCAAAAAUGCAAAACAUUUCCUGUGUUUCUGCAUAUCUUUGGGUUUUCAACUUUUGGUUGAAAGAGGCAAGCAAUUUAAAGACAUCAUUUUGGGCUUUAGGACAUUUUAUACACCAAACAAUUAGUAAUAUGAUAAGCAACAGAUUAAUUAUUAAUGAAAUUAUUUUGGUUGCAGCUUUACAUGGCUGUGUAACUGUUGUGCAGUAAAAAUGAGUUGGAACUUCUAUCACCACACAACAGCAAGCUAACCUUAACAAGAAUAAUGUAGAUACAGUCCCAUCAGCAGGAAAAGUGUUGGCAUUGUCGGCAGCAUACAUAACAUUUGCACUUAAUUAUGUAGCAGAUAUGUUGAAACUUUACAUUUCAACAACGCUGUUGUUAAUGUGGUUAGGUUUAGGCCGAAGAACCACUUGGUUAUGGUUAGGAAAGGAUAAUGUUUUGGUUAAAAAUACCAGCUUUUUGGAGCAGAAUCACAGCUGAAAUGCAGUGAGGCCUUGAUAAAUAACUACCACUUUUUGUGGCACUGUCCUUACUGCUAAAAAAAAAAAAAUAUUAAUGUUUUGGGGCUAAGAAGCUGCAGGGAAACAGUGGCAGGCCUCCAAUGACAUGCAAAUAUAACAUAUACGUGGUUUGCAGAAACGCACAAUGCCAACAUUUUUGCCUGGAGACUGGGCUGGCAGACAUGUUGACUGAUGGAUGAGCUCUGUUCACUUUUACAGAAAUGACUGAAAUCAGUGGCUGCUCGAAGGGAAGUGAAUUCAUCUAAAAACUGAUGGGAUGAUUUGGAAAAUAUAACAUGCAAGUUUGUGAUUUAUAAAUAAUGGAUUAAAGCAUCCCAAAAUACUGAGCAGAGAUAGAAUGAUCAUACCCCAAAAAAGAAAAUAAUCCCCUACCAAAACAUAACAUUACCAAACAGUCAACUUUAUCAUACAGUGUGUAACCAGUUUCAUUUUGUCAAAGUUGUUUUAUGACAGGGAACUAAAAGGGAACUAGAAGGAACUUUUUUUUGUUCAUCACAGAUUUUUUUUUUUUUUUUUCAUUAAACUUUAAACAGUGAAUCUCUAACCAAACUUCUUGUCUCCGUCUCGAUACAAAGGCUUCCCUUCCACAGUCUGACCCCGGCCUCUAACAGCCACAUGUUAGGGUUUUUUUCUUGUUGGCUCUACAUGUGUAUUUUACUGUGGAGAAAAGCGUCGCUGCAGCAGAACUACAUUACAGAACGCUGCUUUUUUACAGUGUACAGUUCCACUAGAGUAGUAGUAACUUUUUAUAAUCAAAUUUAAUAUAUUAUUAUUAUUAUUAUUAUUAUUACUUUAUUUUGAGUGCUCUUUAAAAACUAUUAUUUAUAACCAUGUGAUAUUUCUGCAAAUGUAAAUUUAGUUUAGCAAAAACGAAAAAGAGGACUGAAGCGCCAUUCAGAGUUUUGUUUUUUCUUUUCGUUUGUUGCCUUAAAAGGUUUCAGUAUUGUUUAAAAAAUAUUGUAGAAAGAUUAUUUACAUUUCUUAAUGAAACAUUUCAAUGGUUGGUCACUCUGAGGACACACAGUCACCACCACUGUUCUGUUUAUUUUCAGUCUAAAAUAUGUAGAUUGAUGGCAUCUAUGCAGUUAUUCUUUCUAACUAUAACCUGUAUAUAAUAACAGACACAUCUCUAGGGUCUGUUCAUUUUUGUAGACUCUUCUUUAAAAUAGAUUUUCAUCACAGCCUACUUUUAGUCAACAAGUUUGUGAAAAGUGAAUUGUAGUUAAAGGACUACAACAUGCAGAGACACGUCAGGAUGGUCCUUCAAACACCUCGUCCUCUAUCUGUAAAGGCUCUUGUCCCUGUGAACUCGUCCUGUGGUGACUGUGUGAAACUCAGAAACACCAACCAGACCUGAUAAGGUGGAAACUGGGGAGGCUUGGCUCCUACAUUUCAAAGGGAAACUCGACUUCAUUAACUUCUUUCUUUGAGAGCUUCACUCCUGUGUGUGGGAACCAUUGAGGAUCAAAAAGGGACAAAUUACACGGUCAAAAAAGACCAAGUGAAGUUGGUCAGGGAUGUGCUGACUUUGAAAGUGGUCUGAUGCUGGUGUGAAAUCAACUCUGUCAGCUCGAGCACAGACAGUUUCAGGCCGACGGCUUACAAAAGAGUAAAAGAAAAUAAUGGGGGUAGAAAAAAAGUAAAAAAAAAAAAGAUUUGGACCUCAUCUCAUCGGGGUGAAAGGGGCCAAAUUAAAACGGCCAUUAUCUCCUCUCACACAGACAAUUACUUCAUUUCCAGAACAUCAUUGUUCGACAGAGGAGCCAGCAGACGGACAUCUCUGCGUAAAUACAGUUUGACUUCGCCCUUUAAAAAAAAUUUCCAAUCCUAGAGUCAUUAUAACCAAAUUAGCUUAGUGACUGCAAUAUUUAAGAGUGUACAUUUUGUUCAUUUGAGUGAGGGUGUGAAAAGAUGAUGAUGAUGGGAUGAUGAUGAUGAUGAUGAUGUAUCUCAGAUGAAGUAAAGCGAAGUUUCUAUCCACAAUGUUGUAUACAAUUGCUGGUUUUGUAAUGCACUGUAGAACAGUCCCAUGGUCCUUUUUUAUAGAAAUGUUAUUUCAAUGGUGCAUUCUUUUUGUUUGAUAAAUAAAGUUUUGAUA